UAAUAGUAUUGAUGUACGGAAAUCAAACUCUUACGUCUUCCUAAGAUAAAGAUAACUUCAUGUUGUGUCAUUAAUUUCUGAGACUGAGGUUAAGUCUCAGACCUGAGCAGCUGGCCAGCAGCAAUGGGGGAGAAGAAAGUUGUGACAAUGGUGUUGAAGGUUGAUCUUCAGUGUGAGAAGUGCUACAGGAAAGUGAAGAAAGUGCUUUGUAGUUUCCCUCAAAUACAAGACCAGGUGUAUGACGAGAAGCAGAACACAGUGACGAUCAAAGUGGUGUGUUGCAGUCCUGAGAAGAUCAAGCAAAAGUUAUGCUGCAAAGGAGGUGAAUCCAUCAAGAGUAUUGAAAUUGUACCUCCACCCAAAAGGGCUAAAGAACCCGAAAAGCCUAAAGAGCUUGAGAAGCCAAAAGGGCUAAAGAACCCGAUAUGCUAUGAUGGAUACUACGGGAGACCAGUGUAUGAUAGCUGGGGUGGUGGCAGCGGCGAAGAAAAUCCUAAUGCAGCUUAGCUUGCAGAAUAAUGUGAAAAUUAAUGGAGGUGCACGCAUCAUUUGUCGCUGUCCCCCAAAAGGGAAUUUUACUGUUGUGACGAGAGUUGGAGUUUAGAAUUACUCUUACCUUUGGGUGGGAACAAGUUUUUUGGGCCAUAUAACAUUGAGUUACAAAGCUUUAUUCGCACA